CAUUUGACAGGAAGACGGGAUAUUUUAUUUGGUUAUGUUUACAUGCUUCUAAUAUACAUAUUGUAGGUAUACAUGAUACAUGUGAGAUUACAUUUUUUUAAAUAAUUGUUCAACAUGACUAACAUAUUUUGUCAAAGUUUCUUGAAAUUGAGCGCUUACAAAAAAAUCACCAAAUUGAAUUGCCAAGUUCGCUGGUCUCGUCGUUCUCCAAUUAGAGUUAUUCCAAGUGAAGAAUAUGAUGAAGUUGAAGAUGUUCCCUUAAGAACAAAAAUUUCAAGUAAAGAAUAUAAUGCUGAUGUUUCACCUCUAAGAAAUAAUUCCAGGUAUAAUUUAUCAAAAUAUAAUCCGCGAUCAAAAACAUUCAAACCACUUACAAUUUCUAAAAGUAGUCAAAAUGUUAGAGAGACUAAAAAAUAUACCACUGUAGAUAUGUUGGAAACCAUCAUAGAUUCAGAUGGAAACUGCGUGUAUACCAAACUCAAAAAUAACGAUUCAAGGAUUAGCUCUAUACUGGCAGAAGUCAAGUCCAAGAAAGAGAGAACGAAAAAUGACUUGAUUCUUUUAGAGGGAAAAAGAUUGAUUCAAGAAGCUUUAUUGGCGGAUUGUAAACUUUCAUAUAUUCUGUUCAGCCGAUUGAAAGAUGUGGAAGAUUUGAAGCCACAUUUGCCAAAGAUGGGUGCUAAGUUAUACAAAAUGCCUUACAGAGAAAUACAAAUGUGGUCUGGUCUCACCACUUCUCCAGGAAUCAUGGGUAUAUUUAGAACUCCUGAUGUAGAAUCAUUUAAAUUUCCGCCUAACUCACUUCCAGUGACCAUUAUUUGCGACAACAUUCGAGAAGCUAGCAAUUUGGGAGCAGUUUUAAGGACAUGUUGUGGUGUAGGAUGCAAGGAAAUCAUUUUAACAAAAGGUUGUGUGAAUGUUUGGGAUUCAAAGGUUUUACGAAGCGCCUGUGGAGCUCAUUUCAGAUUACAGAUUAAAAAAAAAGCAGAUUGGGAGGAAAUAACGAAAACCCUUCCUCCUUCAUCAGCUGUAUAUAUAGCAGACAACAAUACAAUAUCGGCAGAACUCACUGGUGAUGAAGCAGAACAACAGAAUUUAGCAGAACUAGUUCAGUCAGUGCCUGUAUUGCCAUACUAUUCUGUCAGUUUCAACCCAUCUAGUCAUAUUGUGGUUAUUAUCGGAGGAGAAACCGAGGGUAUUAGUGAAAAUUCUUAUAAAUUGGCCAAAGACUUCAAUGGAGUGAGACUCAAUGUGCCAUUAAGUAAUGAUGUAGAAAGCCUCAACACUGGUGUUGCAUUGGGAGUGAUUGCUUUCGAGAUCAAGAGACAAUUGAUGAAUUUACAGCAGAUGAAGAGUUGAAUAUAAGAAUUCAGUUUUUGUUGAAAUGCAAUACUUACUUUCAAUUCAAACUCCCUACUAGUACCCCAAAAUGUUGAUAAUUUUAUGGGUUUUUGACUUCCCACUUCACCAUCAUUGAACAAAAAUUGUGAGAAACUUCUGAAGAAAGAAAAAAAUGAAUUAGCCGUAUUAAUGUUAAUAUGAACUGUCACCACGAUGAGCAGAGUUGUCUCUUCUGAUUACAUAAAGUUGUAAUUUCAUGAAAGAAUAAUGUUGUCCAAAACAGUCUUGUUCUGAAACUUCGAAGUGCACCAUUGAGGAUGAUAGUGUUUUAUGUGACAUUUUAUGUCAAAAAUCUUUCAAAUAUAACUUUGUGCAGAGUUUUCAUUAUUGAUAUAUGUUUCAAUGCAACAUCAUCAGUGCAACAUCAAAACAUAUAUCAUAAUGAAUUUUUGGAGUGCAAACUGGUGAUUCAUGUGUAAUUCAAUGUUCAUGUGAAAGUAUUUGUUUCAAGAGUGUUUUUUCUUUCAGUUUGUAUCGAACAUAAACUUUGAUUCCUUUUCAAUUUAAAUCGAUAUUUUUAAUUUUUUCUUAUGGACUGCUAGAUGAGUUAUCACUAUCGAUUUAUAAAACAUUUUAAAAUAUGAAACGACUAUUUUGAGUUUUCAUCACUCCCUCCCAAAAUAAUUGUUGAAAAUUUGAAUUAUUAAUUUUUAUAACAAUAAAAAUUGAAUUCUUUCAAAACCAACGAUUUUAUUUUCUCGUUUCACAUUUAUGCUAUUUUUUACGUACACACAUGUAAACUAUAAAAGGGUCUAUUGGUCUCUCUGAAAUAAAAUUGAUAUUGGAAACCAAA